AUGGAUCCAUUCAUUUACGAUGAAGUUAUUGAGAUAUUUAACAAAUUUGCUAAGCGACCAACAUCUAGACUUCUAUAUAGGUUCGGCCAUGAAGCAAAUUUAACAAUUAAAAUGGAAGAUAUUCAAGAUAGACUUGUAAACAAAAAAUACGCAAGUCCAUUCGAUUUUGCAAUAGAUGUUCGUGAAAUUUUAUAUCGUGCUCAAGAAAAAUAUGUCAAUGAUGUUCGCACUACGUUAGUUUUAGAAGAUAUAUCAUUAUAUUUUGAAAAAAAGGCUGGCUCAAUUCCAAGAACAAGAGCAGAAAAGUUACAAAAACUCAUCAAAAAGGAUAUCAACAAGUUCUCUUUAAUAAAAAGAGCGAUGUCAUUAUCUGCAUACUCUCCACAAGUUAGCACUCCAAUUCCAGCUAAAAUACCAGUAUCUAAAUCAGUUCAUGGACCUCCAGCACCUCUUGUUCAAGAAAUUCAAAGACUAAUUAACGAAGUAACAGAUGUAUCCGUUUUGGCUGAAAUGUGCAGGAUUUUAAAGACUCAUAUACCUGGUUUUGAGCUUCAGGAAACUACUACUAUUGAUGUUAAGAAUUUAUCUGCUCAAUGCAUUGAAGAUCUUAGAAAUCUUCUCACAAAAUCAAAAAAGUAA